AUGGUGGUUAAAACUAAAGAGAAGAAGGAGAAGUCCGCCAAUCCUAUGAGGGAGAUAAAGAUUGAAAAAUUGUGCCUGAAUAUUUGCGUUGGUGAAAGUGGUGACAGGCUCACACGGGCCGCAAAAGUGUUGGAGCAGCUCACCGGUCAACAGCCCGUGUUCAGCAAAGCUCGAUUGACGAUCAGAACCUUCGCCAUCCGCCGUAAUGAAAAAAUUGCGGUUCACUGCACAGUUCGUGGACCGAAAGCGGAAGAAUACGAGUUGCCCAAAUCAUGCUUCAGUAGUAUGGGGAACUUCGGUUUCGGUCUCACUGAGCAUAUCGAUUUGGGUAUUAAAUAUGAUCCAGCCAUUGGAAUUUAUGGUAUGGACUUCUAUGUCAUUCUCGGUCGGUCAGGCUCGCGUGUUGCCCAUCGUCGCCGCUGCAAAAAUCGUGUGGGUCCAAGCCAUCGCAUCUCCAAGGAGGAGGCAAUGAAGUGGUUCCAAAGCAAAUUUGAUGGUAUUUUGUUGAACCGAUAA